CCCGAAACCACACCUGCAGUUGGAUUUAUACUCCAAUGGUGCCUAUGGUUGUCGUGGUGGUGUCUUUCAGUUAUCUAGCCUACCACCUGUAACAGCGCGUCUGCUCUCAGAGCUGAACUGUUCAGUUUUUCCGAAACCAAAUAUGAAGAAGCAGAACAUCCGGACCUUGUCGCUCAUCCUUUGCAUGUUUUCCUAUCUUCUGGUCGGUGCCGCAGUUUUCGACGCGCUGGAAUCCGAGUCGGAGAGCUCCCGUAGACGUAUUUUGGAGCAGAAGCGCAGCGAGAUGAAAAAGAAGUAUAGUUUCUCCGAGGACGACUACAGAGAAAUUGAGCGUGUGGUUCUCCAAGCCGAACCCCAUCGUGCCGGAAGACAGUGGAAAUUUGCCGGUUCAUUUUAUUUUGCCAUAACUGUCAUAACUACUAUUGGAUAUGGCCAUGCUGCUCCAGGUACUGAUGCAGGGAAGGUCUUCUGCAUGUUCUAUGCUGUGUUGGGGAUUCCCCUUACCCUGGUCAUGUUUCAGAGUCUGGGCGAAAGGAUGAACACCUUUGUCCGCUACCUCUUGCGCAACAUCAAGCAGUGUAUGAGAUUACGGCGGACUGAAGUUUCCAUGGAAAACAUGGUUCUGGUUGGCUUCCUGUCCUGCUUAGGUACACUCUGUGUAGGAGCUGCAGCCUUCUCUCACUUUGAGGGAUGGACUUUCUUCCAUGCUUAUUACUACUGUUUUAUCACGCUCACCACAAUCGGCUUUGGGGACUUUGUGGCCCUGCAGAAAAAGGAGGACCUGCAGGAGAAGACUCCGUACGUGGCUUUCAGCUUCAUGUACAUUCUUGUGGGCCUGACAGUCAUCGGGGCCUUCCUCAACCUGGUGGUGCUGCGUUUCCUCACCAUGAACACAGAGGAUGAGCGGCGCGACGCCAAAGAGAGGGCCUCUCUGAAGAGAGACAGGGGCCUGAUGGAGGGGACCCUGGGGCUCCACACUCUGGAGGAGCAGAGGGCCAGAGCGGGUCAAAGCCAGAGGAACAGGGAAAAUAUGGCGAACAGUCGUAGUCACAGCACCCUUUUCCUACCCAUGGAAGAGGGAACGAGCCGCACCAACCUAAUUGCUUCCCCAGCAGAGGAGCAGGAGGCCAGGGGUGCCUCUUCCAGGAACAGGCUGCACCUACAGAUCCGAGCAGGCAGCUGCAGCCCUGAGACCCGUCUUGGGUCCCUCUGCUCCUGUAUGUGCUACCGCCUGGGUGUGUGUGACAGUCCCAUACCAUCAUACAAUGAGCACCCUGGCUGCCACAUUAACUCUGUUUACUACAACUCCAUUUCCUACAGGAUCCAGGGGUGCUCCACCAGCCCCAGGAACAAUCCAGGACUGUCCUCCCCAGAAAGUGCACUCUCUCCUGGGUACAACUUCAGGGAGUUCCCUCGCUCCAGGCGGAAGUCAUUUUAAAACAAUAUUUUUUAGGUUAUAUUCACUCACAUUGUUUGCCACAUCUAUUUUAAUACACAGCAAAUGUUACAAUAGUACACUACACUGUACAUAGGUGUUUAUAUACUGGUUAAACCCCAUAGAGUAGCUGCAUAGCAGUUUAACAUUCUUAAUGUGAAGACUAUGAUUCUCUGCUUUCGAUUUUUUGAAAAUCAGUGAUAUAAUUUGGCAUGAUCUGCAUGAUAUAAUUUAAAUUUUGCAUGACACAAACAUGUUUUGACAUGCAUAGUGAAGAGAUGUUAAAGCACACUGAAAGCAUGAUUUAUAUGUAAAGAACAGGGUUUUUAAAGUCAGAAGGAUUACAUGUGGUUCUAAAAGUUUGAAGAGAUGUCCUGAUUGAUCCUGUAUAAGGCAGUGAAGGUGUUAAAGGGUCCUUGCUUCAGUGAUGAUGUAAGGAAGUCAGCUGCUCAAGAUACUGGGUGAAACUCAUUUCUGUUGCAGGUCUUGGCUAGAUGAAGUGGUUAUGUUUUCACGGGGAAGACAUUUUAGGACUUGGGAAAAGCAUGUCUUUUAAUUAACCAUAUGAGUUUAGUUAAUAAAUCAUAUUACCCGUUCCUCUCCUGGAGGGGUCAGAGGAACCCUGCACUUACUUUCCUGCACUAAUGCACAGAUCAUGUACUAAGACUAAGCACGUUGUGUGACUGAUCUGAAUUUCAUGUAUGUAGCACAUGCCUUGUAUGUAGCAGGGCGUGUUUGAAACAUGUAUCCCACCAUGUUUUA